CUACAAAGCUCUUGUAUUCUAUCAUUCGUAGGGUUGAACACACCUCUUGUGUACUAUAAAUAUUUUUCAAUCGAUACAAGUGAAAAUUUCAACUAAUUUUGCAAUCUCUUAGCGAAGAAAGUUUUUAUUUUUGCACUGAGUUCUUUUAAAAUAAAGUGGAAGUGUGUAAUAAAUGCAUAAAUAUAAGUGGAUUUAUCAGAAUUGAUUUGGUUAUAUUUAUGAAAGUAGGGGCCAAAUCACUUUCUGAACCUCUUUUUACUGGUAUAUCACGCAAAUAUUUCAAUUCAUGGGUGCAUUUACGAGCAGGCAGAAUGGUGCUGUGGAAGAAGCUGAGCAACGCAAUUCAACUCAUGCAUACAAGUAUCCUCCGCGAUCAGGUAAUUUUUUCGGCAGUCACUUUAUUAUGGGCGGAGAGCGCUUCGACACGCCCCAACCAGAAUCGUACCUAUUUGGCGAAAAUGCCGACUUGAAUUUUCUGGGCUGCCGACCAACCGCAUUUCCGUAUCCACCUCCACAAGCCAGUGAACCAACAAAAACUCUUAAAAGUCUAGUAAAUAUACGCAAGGAAUCUGUUCGUUUUGUUCGAGUUUCCCCAGAAAAACACGAAAUAUCAUCUUCAAAUUCCAACAUAGAUAACAUUGACGGCCAUGCAACCACCAACGAACUAGGUGGAAGUGGAGAUGGCAAUGGCCAACACGCACCGUGUUUAUACAAUAUUGAGUUUACUUUUGAUUCAGAUGCGAAAUGCGCUAUUACGAUUUAUUAUUUUUGUACCGAAGAAGUGAGUCCCAGCGGUGUGACUCUUGUGCCACGAGAUGGCUUAACUUCCGAAACGUAUCACUAUGAAAAAGGCAUAAAUCAGUUCUUCUCUCAGACGGGUCACGUUUUCAAUCCCCAAUUAAUUCCUGAAGAUGAUUUUAUCUACAACCCUACGAAGGAACAGUACCCAGUUGCUAUUCAUUGUGUCGUGGAGGAAGGUAACGAAGACUGCCGCCAGUCGCAUACAACAAUAUGUGUUAUUGAUCAUCAUCCAGAAACUAACAGCUACGUCUUGCGUGCUCUUAAACAAAAAAUUUUUGUCGAUGGCCUCUGCUAUCUUCUGCAAGAAAUCUAUGGGAUCGAAAACAAGGCAGUCAACAAAAGCUCAAUCGAUGAAGAAAUCGACGAUCAUGGCAGUGAAUGCGUUAUUUGUAUGAGUGAAACCCGUGACACACUCAUAUUACCCUGUAGACAUCUGUGUUUGUGUAAUUCGUGCGCAGAUUCUCUACGAUAUCAGGCAAAUAACUGCCCUAUUUGUCGUGCCCCUUUUCGCGCACUUUUACAAAUUCGAGCCGUGCAAAAAGGCGUAAGUUCUCAUACAAUACAUCAAAAUACACCCACGUCUGCCCCAGGUGAACCAGCCCCAUGCGAUCAACACAUACCGCCGGGUUACAUUCCAGUAUCACUAAUAGAAGCACUCAAUGGACCUCCACAAUUUGUAGGACGACCGCGAACAAAUGAUAGCGACAUGAUUGACGGUGUUACUCAUACCGCAGCAUUGGCGGCAGAUAACCAUAAGGCAACCUCACCACUAAAGCCAAAUCAACGGCGAUCCAAAAUAAAAAAGAACGCCUCAACUUCAACUAAUACAAGUGAAGUGGGCACCAUUACUGGUACUAACAACGUAAAUAGUCAAGCGCUCUCUGUUGUAGAAGUAACAAAUGAAGUUAAUGUGAACAACACAACAUCUUCUGGAGCUGCUGCAGGGCAUGUGGGGGUUGUUAACAAAAAAUCGCUGCCAACAGAAAAAUUAGAAAAACAAACGAAAUCAAACCAUUCACAAGAUAAGUUGCAAAUUAUUAAUGAGCGCCACAGUUUGAAGGUGCCCAAGGUUAAACGUGCUUCAAAUACGAACAGUGCAAAUUCUACAUCAUCACAAAAUGAUAUGGAAGAGGAUGACAGUGAAAAUGAGAAGCUAUCACCGCUACUUUCUCCAAAUAGUAAACAAAAAAUAAAUAUAUCACGAAACAAGGAAGUGGUCAUCACCAAUGGCAGUGAUAACGAGGCCGAAGAAGGUUUGGAAAUGAAAACUACUGUAUCGUUGAAAAAAAAUAAACGCCCAGAUUUGAGUGGGAGCACUGACAACACAUCUUGUGGUAAUAUUGAGACCACAGCCGUCAAUGCUGACGACUCUGAUUACUAUACACCCGAAGACACGCAGAAUUCUAUUUUAAGUCCCCUAUGUCCAGAACGUGAACGACCCAAGAGCGGAGACAAGUUGGGCAGCCUGAAGGGGAAUGCUGGUAGUUUUAAAGGGGCCAACAGUUUAGUAAAAAAGAAUUUACAUAAGAAGUCAACAUCAGUGGGCAAUAUAGUUGGACCAGGAAGCAACCCCGGCAGCGUAGGAAUACCCAGCAAUGUAGUAGGGGAAAUGAAAUGCAAUGUCAGUUCUCUACCAGACAUGUUGGACAAUCCAAUAAGCGGGAAUGCAGCGUCUACCCGCAGUUCUAGUGACAGCUAUUCGUCAAGUUCAUCGACUAAACAACUACUAAGUUCGAAUGCGGCAACUGCGGCAGCAAAUAUUAUAGUGGAUGACAAGACAGCUCUACAUAAUGCAGUUAAUGUUUAAGUCGAAAUACAUAUAAGAUAAAUA